AUGUCGACCUCCGCCGUGCCCAGGACGGCUAUUCGUGCUCUCACAAGAGCGAGACCUUCGACCAGCUCGCGGACAACGCAGAAGCUCGCCACAGCCAGACCUACUCAAAGAUGCCUUCACCAAGCAUCGUCGCCCGCUUCAUUCGUGUCUUUUCGCCACAGACCAAGCCAAUCCUCUAUUGCCGCCCGCCAUGCGACGCGAUAUGGAGCCGUUGAAAGCCGACGGACAAUGUUCAUCCAAACAGAAAACACCCCCAACCCCGACGCCCUCAAGUUCAACCCUCACAUGCGCGUCCUGCCCGAGGACUUCCCCUCGACAUUCCUUGAGUACAUGAACCCGCGCUCGACUGUCACGCCUCCAUACUCGUCGCCGCUGGCCGCCAAUUUGCACAAUGUCGACGGUAUCACCUCUGUCUUCUUCGGUGCCGACUACAUCACCGUCACCAAGGACAGCUCUGUGCCGUGGGCGCACAUCAAGCCCGAAGUGUUCAGCUUGAUCAGCGAGCACGUCGCCUCCGGCCAGCCCAUGGUGAAUGUCACGCAGAGCACAGACGGCGACGGCCAGGAGAGCGCCGAGGACAGCUUGGCUUACAAUGAGGACGAUGACGAGAUCGUGGGUAUGAUCAAGGAGCUGCUGGAGACGCGAAUCAGGCCGGCGAUCCAGGAGGAUGGCGGCGAUAUCGAGUUCAGGGGAUUCCACGAUGGCAUCGUUAUGCUGAAGCUGAGGGGUGCGUGCCGGACUUGUGACUCGUCAACCGUCACCCUCAAGAACGGUAUUGAGUCUAUGUUGAUGCAUUACCUGUCCCCUGAUGUUACUGGUGUGGAGCAAGUCCUGGACGAGGAGGAAGAGGUCGCGCUCAAGGAGUUUGCGAGAUUCGAGGAGAAGUUGCGUCAGCAGAAGGGACCGGACGCUACUGCGUCAACUGUGGGCAAGGGAAGCUUGGAUACUGUUGAGUAA